AGAAGAUGGUCAACGAGCGCUGGAAGGAGGCGGGGGGCUCGGCGCACCUGGAGGACGGAGCCCAGGAGAAAGCCCAGAGAAUGAGCUGCGGUUAUGUCUUGUGCACCAUCCUCCUUUCCGUGGCCAUCCUCCUCGCUGUUACAGUCACGGGUGCCAUUUUGUUAAUGAACCACUAUCACUCGCCGGUUACAGAAUCCCCACCUGUCAUCAGCACCAAUCCUGAUCAAACCAAUGCCUUGGUGACCAUCGAGAAAGCUGACAGCUCUCGCAUCAAUAUUUUCAUUGACCCCAAUUGCCUAGAUCAGGACAAUGGCUUCACUCGCCUGGAGGGCCUCCAGUCGUCGCUCCUGAGGGCCAUGACUGAUCACAGCAUAGAGACAAAGUCAUCAAAGGGACAGGAGAGAGCUUUGUUGAAUGGCUUGUCAGAUGAGAUGUCCAAGUUACUUGCCCAUGCCAGUCAGCUAAGAACAGACUGUGAAGGUUUGAAGAAGGGGCACAGCGCGAUGGGGCAGGAGUUGAACGCCCUGCAGAAUGAGCAAGGCCGCCUCAUACAGCUGCUUUCAGAGAGUCAAACAAAUAUGGCCAGACUGGUCAGUUCUGUCAGUGAUAUCCUGGACACCUUGCAGAAGGACCGCAGUGUGGUACGACCACGACUCAAAGCGGACCUUCAGAAACCGCCAUCUCGGAGCGCUCGGCCAAAGGGAUGCUCCAAUGGCUCCCGGCCUCGGGAUUGUUUUGACAUCUACACAAGUGGACAACAAGAGGAUGGAGUAUUUUCGGUCUUCCCCACUCACUAUCCUGAAGGCUUCCAGGUCUACUGUGACAUGACAACAGACGGAGGGGGAUGGACGGUUUUCCAGCGGCGUGAGGAUGGCUCUGUGAAUUUCUUCCGUGGAUGGGAAGCUUAUCAUGAUGGAUUUGGAAAGCUCACAGGAGAGCACUGGCUAGGCCUGAAAAGAAUCCAUGCCUUGACCACACAAGCUAGUUAUGAGCUGCGCAUUGACCUGGAAGACUUUGAUAAUGAGACAGCUUAUGCACAUUAUGGCACCUUCUCUGUGGGUUUGUUUUCUGUUGACCCUGAAGAAGAUGGCUACCCAAUCCUCAUUGCUGACUAUUCUGGAACUGCAGGAGAUUCUUUUUUGAAGCACAACGGCAUGAAGUUCACCACUAAAGAUCUGGACAAUGACCACUCAGACAACAACUGUGCCACCUUUUAUCAUGGUGCAUGGUGGUACCGCAACUGCCAUACCUCCAACUUGAACGGGCAGUACCUGAGGGGCCAACACAGCUCUUAUGCUGAUGGCAUUGAGUGGUCCUCGUGGACAGGCUGGCAGUAUUCCCUCAAGUUCACCGAGAUGAAGAUCCGGCCUGUCAGAGAUGAAAACUAGCUUAGCCCUUCUGCCUCACCUCCCAGCCUCCCACCCACUCACCUACCCCAGUGUUGUUUUGUCUGAAUCUGGGGGCAGCAGGAGGAGGAGCUGGACAUCCCCUUCCUGGUACUGAUGUUCUAAUCCUUUAGAAGAUAAUUUUAUGUGUACAGUUGGUGUCAGGAUCAGGACUGAACAGUCCUUCCUCCCAAUCCAAAUGUGUUCUCAUAAACCAGCAAUUACUCCUUAAAAACUCAAUGGAAGGGAUUAAGAGAAAGAUUUUCCCCAAGACCAUGCAAUGGGACAUGUC